CUUUUACCUAGAUAUUUGUUUUAAAUCUCCAAAUAAUAUAUGCACAUAUUAUCUUAUAUCAUUAUCAUGCAGUUUGGAUUGAGAAGAAAUGGAUCAUAGCAUAGUUGACACUGCAAUGACUUCAAGAAAACGUAAAAGAGAAGAGUAUAAGAAGAUAAUCUUAUUAGCUGCUGCUUGUGUUGUUCAUAUGGUCAUUGGUGUAGUGACAUGGUAUCAUAAUAACUAUUUUGUUAAGGAACCAACCCGUAAUUGGGAACUAGAACAUCAGAGUUUCCUUAAUCGUCUUUAUAGAGGAACAAAUAAAGAUUGCAUUGAACAAUUGAGGCUUAGUAAAAAUGCAUUUUUUAACCUUUGUAGAAUUUUACAAGAAAAGGGUGGAUUAGUAAGAACAAGAAAUGUUCCAACAACUGAAGCAGUAGCAAUGUUUUUACAUAUCCUUGCUCACAACCUAAAAUAUAGGGUAGUGCAAUUUAGUUAUUGUAGAUCUAAAGAAACCAUAAGUAGGCAAUUCAAUGAUGUCUUGAGAGCGGUAAUGAAAGUGAGCAAAGACUAUUUGAACUUUCAACCUUGUACUUUAGAAGGUGCGGAAGCAAACAAGUGGAGAUGGUUUGAGAGAUGUAUUGGAGCACUUGAUGGGACUCAUAUUCCGGUUACAGUUUCUCCUGAUGAGAGACCUAGAUAUCGUAAUAGAAAGGGUGAUGUCUCUACAAAUGUGUUAGCUGCUUGUGGUCCAGAUUUAAGGUUUAUUUAUGUGUUACCUGGGUGGGAAGGGUCUGCAGGAGAUUCUCGAGUAUUACGAGAUGCAUUACGUCAUCAAAACAAACUUGAAAUUCCAACGGGUAAUAUUUCUUAGAAAUAAUUUUUUUUCUUUUUUUUUUUGGUCUAGUUUAAGUCUAUGUUUGUUAUUUUAAACAUUGUAGGUAAGUAUUUUCUUGUGGAUGCGGGAUAUACCAAUGGUCCAAGAUUUUUAGCACCAUAUCGAGGGACUAGAUAUCAUCUCAAUGAGUGGAUUGGAAACACCCCUCAAAGUUACAAGGAGUUAUUUAAUCUUCGUCAUGCAAGUGCCCGAAAUGCAAUAGAAAGGUCAUUUGGGAUCUUGAAAAAAAGAUGGAGUAUAUUAAGAACUCCUUCA